AUGGCGGGCAUGGAGGGAGACGACGCCGGGGCCGCCUUGGACCAAAUCGUUACCCAGUUUAACACCUACGAGGAUUAUCUGGAUUCGCAGAUCACCACGCAGGACCUCUACUACUUGGAGAAUGAAGACAUGGCUCGCCAGCUGGUGGAGCUGGGCUUCCGGGGAAGCGGAGAAGUGCUGAAAAGGGAAGAUUUCGUAGCGAGGAAACUCGCUGCUGAGGCUUCAAGGCUCUCAGAAAGACACCAGCAAAAAAUUCUAUCAAGUGCAGGAAAAGAACUGAAAGACAACUUUCUAAAGGCGUUGGCAGAGAGGGAGGAAGCCAAUCGUAGCGGGAAAAUGUCUUCCAUAAUCUUCAUUCGGGAUAGAAAUGCCCGUGGUCAGGAGGUAUCUGCAUAUAUUGACUAUGCACACCGGUUGAAGGUGGAUGAAUUUGACGUCUAUUUCAGUGGCAAGAAGAAGAUUUUCCCCAGGCGCACAGAUCUGAGUUUCUACAACUGGGAUAGGAACAUCUGCUGCUUGAAUUCAAGUCCAAAUUACCAUGUGAUUGCAGAAAACGUUUGCGGCUUACUCUUCAAGAACAAGGCUGACCGGAAGAUCAUUAAUGUGGACCCCAAGGUUUUUCCGGGAGACAACACGACACGGACCCCGGUCGAAACGGACCUCUAUCUGCAAGUGGUUAUCUACGACCACGUCCUCAGAAGAAAGCUCUAACCAUCGUUUCUUUGUGGAACAAACGCCCCAGAAGUGUUUAGUGUGUGUAAUAGGGGUGAAUUGAGGGUGCAGUUUUCCAUGGGCCAAAUUGAC